GUAUUGUUCUGGCAAGAACGCGAUAGGCUCCUCGCCUGACCCCUGCCACAGUUAUCAACAUGACAUCUUUGAGGGAUCAUCUCUCCAAGCUUAGUUCGGGACUGGAUUUCACCGCAUCGGCAACAAUAGAGAGAAUUGGUGCUUGAUGAGACGGUGGGGGUGGGUCAAGUUUAGUGAGCGAGGGUCGCUUUUUGUUAUAUGUAAAAGAAGAUUCUUAUUUCCUAAAAAUUACUCCAGUGAAAUCGCUGUAUGAAAAAGAUUGUCGUCUGCGAGAAUUUAAGAAUUCAAACGACGUUUUAUUUUAAGGCUUAAUUCACAGAAGAUACAGUAUUAGACUUGAGUUUUCUAAAGGGACGCCGAUAAAACCUCUGAGAACAUAACGUCAUAUAAGGAACAAUUGACUAUUUAAUAGGGAACUGAGGAGCAAGAAGAGCGAACAUGUUUGAAGGAACAGGAAUCCCAUUCGUUGUCCUUGAUAUAAUCUGUGUUGUUCUAGCUGGUUUGCCGCUUGCUGUUUUUAACCUGGCCAAAAUAAAGCCUUAUCAGAGGGGCUUUUUCUGUAAUGAUGACAGCAUCAACUACCCAUUCCAUAACAGUACCAUCACUUCCACUGUCCUCUACACAGUGGGGUUCACUCUGCCAAUUUGCUCUAUGAUCAUAGGGGAGGGCCUUUCAGUGUAUUAUAAACGGAUCUGCUCAAACUCCUCUAUUGGUAAUAACUAUGUGGCAUGCAUUUACAAGGCCAUUGGGACAUUUGUGUUUGGUGCAGCAAUGAGCCAGUCCCUGACUGACAUUGCCAAGUAUUCUAUUGGUCGGCUGAGACCUCAUUUUCUAGAGGUCUGUAUGCCCGUGUGGAAAGACAUCAACUGCCAAGCAGGAUACAUUGAGAACUUCACCUGCACUGGUGAUGCAACCGUGGUCAAUGAAGCCAGACUCUCCUUUUAUUCUGGACACUCCUCUUUUUCAAUGUAUUGCAUGUUAUUCCUAGCACUUUAUAUUCAAGCAAGACUUCAGGUGGAAUGGGCAAGAUUGUUGCGCCCCACAAUCCAGUUCUUCCUGAUUGCAGCCUCUGUUUAUGUGGGCCUCUCUCGUGUGUCAGACUACAAACACCACUGGAGUGAUGUUUUAACAGGACUCUUGCAGGGUGCUGCUGUGGCCAUACUGAUUGUUGUAUUUGUAUCAGACUUCUUCAAGACAAGGGUUGCAUGCUUUCCACCUACAGAAGAAGAAAGGUCCCACUCAACUUUACAUGAAACCCCCACUAAUGGAAACCAUUAUGGUAGCACUCAUUAGGCACAGAAGACCGAUGUGGACAACCUGUGAAUGUAACCCCGCUUUUUGCCACGUCAAAAAUAUACUCAAGUCUGGAGGAUUACUGAACCUUCUGUCUACGUCUUGAUUAUGUAAAAUAUGCCUUGGCAAGACUGCUGCUACUAUCAAAGCCUAACAUCUAUCUCACAACUAAACCUGACUAUUAUGUACAUGAAAUAGCACUUCUUUAUCUUUUUUUAACUUUUCUUAUAAAAAACAGCAGUCCAAUUUCAGUAUUUUUUUUAUUAAAACUUAAAACUAUGUACAAAGCUAUGUUUUUAAGCUUUUGAAAUUUAUCAUGCUUGUUCACGUAUGAACAAAAAUAAAAUAUUCAAAAAAUGUA